CUCCUCCUCCUCUCCUGGCUUUUCCUGCUUGGUAGGAUCCUGCCGCUGCUUCCAGAGCCUGGGGGUGUUUGUAUAGGAAAGCCCCCCUUCCCUGCUCCUGUCGCUGGCAGUGCUGCUCACAGAGAAGGCUGGCCUCCUGUGUCUCCAUAAAGCACCAUUCUUUGUGCCCCAUCUCGAAGCACCAUAACCACUCUGAGCUGCUCUCACCCACAUCAGCAUGGCCAUCUCAUCACGUCUCGCUCUGUGGGAGCAAAAGAUCAAGGAGGAGGACCGGAGCCCCCCGCCCACGUCUCCACCCCCGCUCUUCUCGGUCAUUCCUGGGGGCUUCAUCAAGCAGCUUGUGCGGGAAACGGAGAAAGAGUCCAAAGAAGCUAAGCUGAAAGAGAAAAUAGCCAUAAAUUCCAAAGAAGAUCCUCCGGGGAAGCCGAUUGAGGGGACAGUGCAGCAGUUUGUGAUCAAGGACCCCAACAUCCUGGAAGUGAGGGGGGACAUGGCCAGCCAGGACGAACUGCUCCCGGGCAGGCUGAACGGCGAGAAGCACGGAGGGGACGGUGCCGCUGAGAUCCAGGCAAGGAAGUUUGUCCCUCUCAAGCGAGCUGUCCACAGGCACAGCGCCAAGCAGCCUGCCCCGUUGGUGGCUGAACCGGACCCAGGAUCGGGGGAGAAGGCCCCCACUGAGGCAUCCCUGACUCCUAAAGCCCCUGCUCUGGAGCAGAGCAAAGCCGCCAUCCCCACCAAGGAUGCUGGGACCAGCACGACUCCUCCAGGCAGCGGCACCGCUGGACCAGCAAGGAAAGGCACUUUGCCCCGGAGUAAACGCCUGGAAGGCCCAGGGAAAGAGGCCACCACGAGAGGCAAGCCCAAGGAAGAGUGGGCCUCCUCCAUCAGGCCAGGCAGCAAAGCCAAGGGGGUGACGGAGAAGGGGAAGGCAGAGCCAGCGGAAAGCAAAGGGAAGCCGGAAGAGCCGGGGGGGAAGCCGGGGGGAGAAGCCCCGGAAAAGCCAGCGGGGAGAGGGAAAUGGAUGGAAGAAGCCAAGAGGGGAAGGGUAGACGCGGGGAAAGAACCCACAGGCACCCAGGAGGAAGAGGGAGGCCCCGGGAAAGGGCCAGGAGGAGAAGGGCCAGCCGGCAAGCCAGAGGAGACUGCAGAGAAGCCGGAGGAGCCCCAGAAGGUGCCCGCCAGGGAAAGCCAAGGCGGCCAUCCUUCGGACAAGGUGCCUGAGGACAUGUGGUACGAGACGGAGAAGGUUUGGCUGGUCCAGAAGGAUGGAUUCACGCUUGCUACUGAGCUGAAGCCGGAUGUGGGGACCCCAGAGCUCUCUCCGGGGAGGGUCCGGGUCCGAGUAGAGGCAGACGGCGCCGUCACAGAAGUGGAUGAAGAAAAUGUUGAGAGGUCCAACCCGGCCAGCCUGGACUACGCCGAAGACCUGGCCUCCCUGGUCAGCCUGAACGAGUCCAGCGCCAUCAACACCCUCCGGCACCGCUUCCAGUCACAGCUGGGCUACACCUUUGCCGGCCCCAGUUUGAUCGCCAUUGAGCCCUUCUCGUCUGUGGCCAGCUGCUCCAAAAAGGCGUUCAAAGGCAAGAGGGAGGGGAUGGCGCCACACAUCUUUUCAGUGGCGCAGAGGGCCUACUGGAGCCUGCUGAUGCAACGCCAGGACCAGACCAUCAUGCCCCUGGGCAGGAGCAGCGCGGGAAAGACCACGUGUUGCCAGCACGCCCUGGAAUACCUGGUGGCCGCCGCGGGCAGCCUGGACAACCGAGUCACAGUGGAGAAGAUCCAGGCCAUGUUCACGGUGCUGAAAGCCUUUGGGGCGGUGUCCACCAGCCAGAACAAGGCCUCCACCCGCUUCUCCAUGGUCAUGGCAUUGGACUUCAGCGCCACGGGCCUCAUAACAGCCGCCCACUUGCAGACGAUGCUCUUGGAGAGGAUCCGGGUGUCUCAGCAGCCGGAAGGGGAGAGCAAUUUCAACAUCUUCGCUCAGAUGCUGGCGGGGCUGGAUUUGGAUCAGAGGACGAUUCUACAUUUGCACCAGACGACAGAGAGCAGUACUUUCGGCAUCAAACCGUGUCAAAAGGCCGAAGAGAAGCAGAAGGCUUUGGCUGCCUUCCUGCAGCUCCAGGCGGCCAUGGAGACCCUGGGGGUCACAGUGGAGGAGCAGAAGGCGAUUUGGCGGGUGUUGGCUGGCAUUUACCACCUGGGAGCUGCAGGAGCCUGCAAAGUUGGCAGGAAGCAGUUCAUGAAGUUUGAAUGGGCGAACAAUGCAGCGGAAGUUCUGGGCUGCGACUUCGAGGAGCUGACGACUGCCGUCUUCAAGCACCAUCUCAAGAGGAUCAUCGAGCAGGUCACGGCCAGAGGCGGAGGAGCCCUGAGCCAGGAGGAGGACCAGGACCGCCCUGAGGCCGGGCCCAAGCUGACUGGCUCGGAGUGCGUGGAGGGGAUAGCAGCAGGGCUGUACGAGGAGCUCUUUGCAGCGGUGGUGUCUCUCAUCAACAGAGCCUUCUCUUCGAGUCACCUCUCCAUGGCCUCCAUCAUGGUGGUGGACACCCCCGGCUUCCACAACCCCCGGCACCAGAAGAAGGAACGGGCGGCCACGUUCGAAGAGUUCUGCCACAACUAUGCCCAAGAGCGGCUGCAGGGACUCUUCUACAAGAGGACGUUUGUGUCUGCGCUGGAGAGGUACCAGCAGGAAAAUGUCGAGGUGCCUUUUGAUCUGCCUGAGCUCUCCCCAGCGGCGACUGUGGCUAUUGUAGAUCAAAACUCAUUCCAGGUUCACCUGUCGCCUGGAGGCCAAGGAGAAGAUCCAAAAGGUCUGCUCUGGAUCCUAGAUGAGGAGGCCCUGAUCCAAGGUUCAAGUGACAGCACGGCCCUCAACCGCCUGUGCUCUUAUUUUGUGAAGGAGGGGCUGAGUGACGAAGGACAGGCAUCCCUCCGCAAGUGUGAGCGGGCCCUGCAGUUUGAGGUUGCGCACCAGCUGGGCAGGGAUCCGGUCCGCUACGAUGCCACCGGCUGGGUGAGCAAAGCCAAGUGGAAUCUCUCGGCCCAGAAUGCCAUCGAGGUGCUUCAGCAGUCGAAGAUAGAUGCUCUGAAGAAACUGUUCCUGCCAAGGUCUAAAACGCCCCUGAUAUGCCGCUCAGUGGCGGGCCUGGAGGGGAGUUCCCAACCUGCCCUCCAACGUAUUGGCUGCGUGAGGAAGACCUUCACCAGCAGCCUUGCAGCCGUGAAGAGGAAAUCUGUGUGUGCUCAGAUCAAACUGCAGCUGGAUGCUCUUUCCAACCUGGUGAAGAAGUCCCAGAUUCACUUUGUCCAUUGCCUCGUCCCGAGAACGGAAGUGGAAGAAGGGGCAGAGGAGAAGGCUCUGCAGUCCUGCCUGACGCCAGGAGGGAUGGCACCACCAGUAUGGGAUAUCCCAGCCCUGCGAGCCCAGCUGUCUGGGGGGCAGAUCUUGGAUGCAUUGCGGCUCUACAGGAUAGGGUAUGCGGACCGCAUGGUGUUGACCCAGUUCCGGCGCCGUUUCCAGAUCCUGGCACAGCCGGUGAUGAGGAAAUAUACCUCGGCCUACGAGAUGACGGAUGAAAACAAGGCCCUCGAGGAGCUGUUCCGGGCCCUCAAUUUGGAGAAGAAGAGCUUAGCCGUGGGCCACACGCAGGUGUUCCUGAAGGCCGGGGUCCUCUCCAGGCUGGAGAAGCAGAGAGAGAAGCUGGUGUCUCAGAACCUGACGUUCCUCCAAGCUGCCUGCAAAGGCUUCCUCUCCCGGCAGAAGUACAAGAAACUGAAGAUCCAGCGUCUGGCCUCCAGGUGCAUCCAGAAGAACUUGGCCGUCUUCCAAGCCUUGAAGGGCUGGCCCUGGUGGGCCCUCCUGUGCCGCAUCCGGCCGCUGCUGAGCGCCAACCUUGAGGAAGGCCAGCUCCGAGCCAAGGAGGAGGAACUUGCUAUGCUCAGAAAAAAGCUGGAAAACUCGGAGUUUUCGCGGCAGGAGCUUCGGCAGAGUGCGGAGAUGCUGGAAGCCAAGAUCCUCGAUCUUACCACGGAGCUGUCUGACGAACGCUUGAAGGGGGACGUGGCCUGUCAGGUCCUGGACGGAGAGCGGGCGGAGAGGCUGCGAGGGUCCAGGGAGGUCCAGGAGCUGCAGAGCAAGCAUGGCCAGUUGCAGAAGAAGCUGGAGGCGGCAGAAAAGCAGCUGGAGGAAACACAGCAGCAGCUUCAGUUGAGGGAAAUUGGAGCAAACAGUUCUGGGAAAGGCGAGGAGUGGCAGAUGCACCUCGACUGUGCUCAGACGGAGAUCGGGUUUCUCCGGAAGCGGAUCACGCAGCUGGAGGAGAGGCUGGAGGUGGAACAGAAGGCCAAGAAAGAUCUGGAGCAAAAGCUCAGCGAGGCGCAGAAAGCCUACGAGGGUGCCAGGCGGACGGCGCAGCCGCUGAAACGGAAGUGCAAGCAGUUGCUGUGUGAUCUGGAGGACACCCGCGUGCUGAUGGAAAGCCAGCAGGGCCGCAACCAUGACUUGGAGAAGAAGCAGAAGAAGUUUGACAUGCAGCUGGCCCAGGCCUUGGGGGAGUCGGCCUUCGAGAAGAGCCUCCGCGAGAAAGUUAUGCAAGAGAACACCAGCCUGAACUUUGAGGUGGGGAAGCUGCAGCGGAGCUUAGAGGAAAAAGAACUGGAGAACGCCAGUCUCAACCGGCGGAUUGCGGUGCUGAGCGCUCGCAUGGAGGAGCUCAGCAAUUCUGGCAGCCUGGAUCCCAAUGCUGUGGCCGCCCUCCGGAAGAAGCUCUGGGACCUGGAGUCAAGCGCCUCUGAGCAGCAGAAAGAGCUCAGCCAGCAAGCCAACAGCAUCGAGCACUUGGAGCAGCUUCACCUGAGACUCGAGCUGGAGAUAGAGAGGACGAAGCAGCUUCACCAGAAGGAGCUGGAAGACAAAGAGGAAGAGCUGGAAGACGUCCGGCAGUCAUGCCAGAAAAGGCUCCGUCAGCUGGAGAUGCAGUGUGAGCAGGAGAGCGAGGAGAAGCAGACCAUCCUCCGCGAGAAGCGGGACUUGGAAGGCCUCAUCGCAACCCUUUGUGAACAGAUUGGCCACCGGGACUUUGACGUGGAGAAACGGCUCCGGCGCGACCUGAAGAGGUCCCACGCCCUGCUGGCCGACAUGCAGCUGCUGCUGGAGACCGCGGGGGGAGAGUCUGCCCCGCCGGGGGGCCGAGAGGAGCUGGAGAAGCUUCGCAGCCAGUCGGAGGAGAGCUUGGCCCGGUGCGCCGAGGCCCAGCAGUCGCAGAAGGCGCUGGCGAUGGAGCUGGACCACCUGCACACGGAGCUGGAGGCCGUCAGCCGGAGCAAGAACUUGGUCGAUGAGCAGCUGUACCAGCUGCAGCACGAGAAAGCGGAUCUCCUGAAACGCAUCGAUGAGGACCAGGAGGACCUGAACGGGCUGAUGGCCAAGCACAAGGCCCUCAUUGCUCAGUCUGCAACAGACAUUGCCCAGAUUCGAGAGCUACAGACGCAGCUGGAGGAAGCGAAGAAAGAGAAACACAGCCUGCAAGAGAAACUGCAGGCAUCCCAGGCCCGGUUGGUCUACCUGGAGCAGUCGAUGGUGGAACGGUCCAUUGUCAGCCGGCAAGAAGCGUUGAUCUGUGACCUGGAGAAUAAGAUGGAGUUCCAGAGUGUCCAGAUCAAGCGCUUUGAGAUGCUGGUUCUCCGUCUUCGGGACAGCGUGAUCAAGAUGGGGGAGGAGCUGGAGAAGGCGAAGGAAGGCGAAGCGCGGGAAAAGGAGAACACGCGCUACUACCAGACGCGGAUGGAGGAGAUGAAGGCAGACAUGAGCGAGCUGGCCCAGAGGGAGCUGGAAGCCAGCCAUCGGCGGAUGGAGCUGGAGAAGCAAGUGGACGAGCUGUCUGCGGUGAGGCAGACGCUGCAGGCCGACCUGGAGACCUCGAUCCGGCGCAUCGCGGACCUGCAGGUGGCUCUGGAGGAAGUGCAGUCGAGCGACGAAAGCGACACAGAGAGCGUCCAGACAGCUCGAGAAUCGUUCAGCUCACAGCAAGAAACUGAGAGUCACCUGAGUCUGGGGUCAACCAUGAGCUUGAACUUGGAGCCGGAAGGAAGCGUCAAAUCCUGGCUGAGCUCAGCGUCCGGCUGGUCCUCUCCGUCGGGCACCAGCCUGGCUGGUAGCCUCUCCAGGCAGUCCCGAGACAGCCAGAGCCUGCAGAGCCUGCGGAUAAACAAGGAUCAAGAACUGAGCCAGAACGUGUUGCCGCUAAGCGCUAGAAGGCGUGAAUAUGGCAGAAGUGCCGGGGAGAUGGAUUUCGGGAAAGCUGAAAGCCCUUUGCUGGGUGUCCAAAGGUGGGAAUAUGGGAAGCCUUUUUGCAGGGAGGAGUCUGAUGCUCCUAAAAGAUUAGGAGCUGUAUCUCCAUCUGUGAUGAGGAGGGUGUCUUCACCACCAGCAGCAGAGGAAAAAUUGCCAAGUCCUUUAUCUCCAUCGCUGAUUCAGAGGGCAUCUCCUUCAGCAGAAGACAAGCUGUCUCGCUCGUCCUCUGCGCUUUCCGAAUACGUUGAAGAACUGCGGAGAAAGAGGUUGAGGGACAAGGAGGCGGGCAACUUAACAUUGGAUGACACCUCCUCUCUCCCCAUUUACCAAACGGCAGGGGCUUCCUCCCUCCGAAGAUGCAGGACUUUAAAGGAUGAUGAAGAUUUCCCAGUGAAACUCGACAAACUCGACGAAAGUUCUGGUGCCGGACUCGUCCGCUCCUCCAGUUUGAGAAAUAUACCAUCUGAAUCCCCGGCACGGCCGGUCCUCUCCCCAGCCCUGAAAAGGCACUCCAAGUUUGGAUCCUACGACUCCCUUCUUCAGAACGCAGAUGACACGUACUCGAAGCUCAGUUCACCAGCCUUGGGAGGAGAUACGUUCAGCACAUCACGACUGAAGCCAUGGAGAAGUUGCCUGGAGACAUCGUUGGAAGAAGCAAGGGAUACCGAUCUAGGGAAAGAGCCCCUGAUGUUUCAGAGCAAGAGAUUUGGUAACGUCCCCAGUGAAAGCAAAGAAAAUGACCUGUUCUCUUGGAAAAUACCAACUCUAAGCUACGAGAGGAAAACGAAUGUCGAUUUUGAGGACAUCCUCCCAGCCAUCCGGAAAACCCAGUCAACGAGUAGUUUGUCCAGAGGUCCCAAAGAAAGGAAGGAAGGCCAACCGCCCUUGAGUGUCCAUUUUGAAGACCAGCUCCCGGCUGAGCGCCCGUUCCUCUCUCAGAUCAAGACCACUUUAUUGCCAAGUACCAAACCCAAGGAGGACCCUGGGAACCUCUCUGACUCCUCCUCGUCUUCUGGCUCAGUCGUCUCUUUCAAAAGCGCCGACAGCAUCAAGAGUCGGCCAGACAGCCAAAGGCCGGAAGGGGAAGGUUGUGUUGGGAAAGCAGCAGCCGGUGAGAGUGCGAAAGACAACCGGCGGUCGGAGGCGGAAGGAAAAGAAGAUGAUGUAAAUAGUAUCAUGAUGAAAUACCUAGGAAAAGAAUAAGGAGUCACGGGUCCGUUGGAACCAUCAGAGAUGGGUCCGUCGACGUCACCUCAUCCUAGGCGGUGGUUGGAGCUGUCGGCUCCCCUACCCCAAAGCUCAGCCACGUGUGUGAGAGGAAAAAAAGACCCAGCAGACUUUACCUUGGGAAGCUGCUUUCGGGGCUCGCUUCGAUUUAUACGAAAUAAAGCAUUUUGCUUCUUUGA